UGAAUUUAAGAUUUGUAAAGUCUCAAAUUUUUAUGAAACCAUCCUUCCUUUUACGUUGUGUCGAAAUCCUAUUGGUUGUGUUUCUCAUUACUUGAGCAGCCCUAAGCGUACGAAGCGCUGCGCAAGGACGUGUUCGUCAUAGCCACUCCUCCAAAGGGCACCCGAAGGAAUCCACCAUUGCCCCUUGCAAUUCUCGUCUGAACUCAGAAGUGCUUCAUAUGACGUCAAAAUGGGUCCAGGGUUACCAUUUUUCUCACUGAUGGAGCGCUCCAGCGAGCAAUAAAUUGAGACGGAUAGAGAGACGCAGAGAUCCGUGAUGACUGUGUAUGGCACCGCCUUCUCCCUUGGACAUCUCGCGCCUGAAUUCUACCUCAGGCCUUCUGGCUGUCUUGGAUUUGAAUGAACAGCAGAACCAGAAUAUGGAGGACAUGGACAUUGAUCAGGUAAUUGAUGUUCCUGACACUCCUGACAGGCUAGCUCUGCAGAUUGUUAAUCAGGGGGAGUCGGUUGAAAAAGAUAGUGUUUCAUUGGUUGCUGGUCAUUCAGGAAAUUCCAACUCUUUUGAUGAAGGUUUUAUUAUAAGACCUCGGGACAGGGGUAGACUGGUCUCUGAAAAUAGGCACAACAGACAACUGCAUUUCUGUCCUGGCAAAAAGCAGGGCAAUCCUGAUGAAACUGAUCGUCAUACUAAUUCCCUUGUUUAUCCAUCAGAGAGUUCUUCUGCUUCCUUGAAUUCUCAUUUGCUUCGGAGAAUGGUGGCAGACAAGACCUUCAAGCAUGAUUCCAACCAUUCAUCUAGAGCUCAAUGUGUGGAUAAAGGCAAAGCUCUGUGCUCUAAAUUUUCUUCUAAAUCAGCUGCUUUCCAAGGUGAUGACAAUACUGUUCUAGAUUUAACCAAGCAAAGUGAACAUGAAAGAAUACCUCAAAAUGUUGUUCUGCGUGGUGCAUCAAUUGAUGUUAUGGUUAAAGAACUAGAAGAAGAAUCACUAGAAAACAAUGACUGUUCUUCUAAUGCAUCAAUUAAACCAUGUAAGAGGGUGGGAAAAACGGAUGAACAUACAUGUAAAGGUAUUACUUCAGGUAUGGAUAAUGGAAAAGGGAUUUAUUUCUCCAGGAAGCCUCAAUUUGAAGGUGGAAAAAGUGUGUCUGCAUCUCUUAAUUCUACUAAGUUACCUAAAGUCAUUGGACAAAAAAGGUUGGUACGUAAUGGGUGCAUCUCUCCUCAUAAUAUAGCUAGGGCUAAAGAGUUGGCUGAACAGCACAGUAAUGGCCCCAUAGAAGUUCCGCAUGAUGAUACUAAGAACACUGUAUUGAAUGGUAAAACUUGUCUGAUUGAUAGUUGUAAUUCAGUUGCUGAAGCUAAUAGUGCUGAUAAAGUCAAGGGAAAGGGAGUAAUAACUCAUCCUUGUACAUCAAAGGAGCAGGAUGCCAGAACUGGACAUUUGUCUAGUAGCAGUUCACUAAUUCACAAUGAAGAAGCCAAUAAAACUAGUGAUGGCAGUAGAGAUGCAUUUGAAGGCAUUCAGGGAUUAGGUGGUUGGAGAAGUACACGCAAUCGUUCAAAGGUAAUAUAUCUUCCAGAUGGGGUUGGAGGACAUUCCAGGAGGAGCGACAGAUGUUUUGUUGCCCAAAAUGGAAAUAAAGCAGAGAGAAGAGAUAGUGAAAGUGCAAAAACCAUUGUGACCAGCUAUCCUGAAGCUCGUGAUGCAGUCUUGUUUCCACAUGGCCCUGCUCAGCCUUUCUCCCAAACGACUUCGAGUCUUUUGACUGUGCCAGACCGAGUAAAUCGGCGACAUCGUUCGGCAAAUGCGCUUACCAAAAGGCAAAAGAAGCAAGGAUCAACUCCCAGUCAUCCUGGUGAAUGCUCUACGUCAGUUUAUAAUGAUUCAGAGAUUGUGCUCCUUCGUUCAAGUGGGGAGUCAUCGAAUUCAAGAUCAGUUAGGGACCAGAAUCAUCACCAUCAGGGUGCACUGCAUCCAAUUAUUGAAAUUGAUGAGUUGUCCCCUGAGAUCAGGCACAAUGGUUCUCAAGAUUUCGGUUGCACAGAUGAUGAUGAUUCAGAUGCUCGAGCAAGACAAGUAGAAGCAGAUGAGAUAUUGGCUCGUGAACUCCAAGAGCAGUUAUAUCAUGAGGCGCCCAUAAUUGAUGAACACAUUGCAUGGACGCUGCAGCAGGAGGAGGGUGCACAACGUGCUUCUUCUAGUGGAAGUCGCCUCAAUUCACUUCUUAGAGGCUCAUUAGCUUCCAACUUACGUAGACAGUCCCAAUCACGGUCAAAUCAUAGCAAUCCAGUUGGGAGAGGAAAUCAGGCUCGUGUUGCUGCCUCUAACAGAAUGGCACAACUAAGAAGACAUGUUCGAAACCAGCCUCGUACAACAUUAUCUAGAGAAAGGAUAUUCCCUUUUCCUGUACACAUGGAUUUGGACAUGAGAAUGGAUAUAUUGGAAGCAUUAGAGUCAGCUGUUGAUGACCUUAAUGGGUUGAGAAGAGUUACUAGCAUUUUGGGAGUUCAACGUGAUUUCAAUGAAAAUGAUUAUGAAAUGUUACUGGCCCUUGAUGAGAACAAUCACCAGCAUGGUGGUGCAUCUGUUCAUCAAAUUAAUAGCUUGCCACUGUCAACAGUAGAGUCAGAGAACCUUGAAGAAGCUUGCGCUGUUUGUCUUGAAACGCCCACCAUUGGAGAUACCAUACGCCAUCUACCUUGCCUGCACAAAUUUCAUAAAGAUUGUAUUGAUCCAUGGCUGAGCAGAAGAACCUCAUGCCCUGUGUGCAAGUCCUCCAUAACUUGAUUUUACAAGGAUACAGGUGCUCUGGGUCUUAAUUGAGCUGGGUAGGUACCAAUCUGCAAGCAUUAUCAUUUUUUGAUGGUUGAGGUAAUUGUAAACAUUCUCUUCUACAGCCUCAGAAAGUUUUUGCAUUGGUGCUGCAUUGCAGUGUUUUGUUUACUCGAGUCCCGUCUGUGGGAAGAAAAUCCGAUGGUAUCUUAAGUUUUUUGAAGACUCUUGUUUAAGUUGGUGCCGUUGAAUGGGUUGGGUGCAUAUACCAUUUUUUUUUUUCAGGAAUUAAUUUGUAUCAUGUUCAGUAUAGCCCCAAGUUUUUGGGGUUGAAAUUGAACCAAGCUUUUGGUUUCUUGGCUACAAUCAAUCUUUACACCAACUUCAGAUUUUAAUGAAGCCAUUGCACAGAUCUCUCAAAGGCGGCACAUAAUAGAAAGUGUCAUAUUUUAAUGAUAUGAUUCAAAUUUGAUGCCCUCAA